UUGCACCACCACCACUACCACCACCACCGCGGCCCCCAACCAGAGCCUGCGGGACGAGGGGACAGGAGCCGGUGGAGAGGGCAGGAGGGCGGGCUGAGCUGGGUCUAGGAUCCGAUCGGGCACACCGACACCUUUUUUCUAAGCGGAUCGGGAUGUACAGGCAGACCGGGGUGGCUGCAGGUUUCUCACAAUCCGCACAGAGGCAGGCUGCCGUAAUGAUGGUGGUGAUGCACCGAGACCGGAGCCCUAGAUUCCCGCAGCGCCCGUUUGCUGAGCCCGAAACCCUGCACCCAUAACCCAGCACACCCCCGAGGUGCUGCGACUGUAGGCGGAUCCGCUUUUGUUUCCACCCAGACCUCAGAAACACAGAGCUGGACACUGAUUCCGAGAGCAAUGCUUGAGCCAAACAACCGGGUAAUACCUUGCAGCUCCAUUCAUACUCCACCCUGUCUCCGGGAUGAGACGGGAUGCGGUCCGCUGCUGCGUUAGCAGGGGAUCGACAGACCUGCUGUGAACCGAGACUGCGUUUUACUGCACCACCGCGGGCUCCUGUGCGGAUGCCUCGGUUGUUUUGAACCGUGCACAGACAAGACGCAAGGGGAAAGAUGUUGGUGCGAUGCUACCGGGGCAAGCUGUCGGUGUGGGCCGCCCUGUGCGUGCUGGUCCUCUGCUGGUUCUACAUUUUCCCCGUCUACAGACUGCCCAGCGACAAAGAAAUAGUGGACGAGGUGCUGAGACAGGGUCAAGUAUGGCAGAAGAACCAGACGGGUAUUGAUUUAUACAGGAAGCUGCUGACAGAAUGCUGCGAUCCACAGAGGAUGUUUGCAGUGACCAAGGAGAAUUCCCCAAUGGGCAAGGUCCUGUGGUACGAUGGAGAGUUCUUCCACUCGCACACCGUCAACAAUGAGACCUACGCACUCUUUGUACAGGACAACCCCCUGCAGCUCCCCCUGAAGAAGUGUGCAGUGGUGGGCAACGGCGGCGUCCUCAGGCACAGUGGCUGUGGACGUGACAUUGACCAGGCUGACUUCAUCAUGCGGUGCAACCUCCCACCGCUUUCAAAGGAGUAUGUGAAGGAUGUGGGAACCAGGACACAUCUGGUCACGGCCAACCCCAGCAUCAUAGAGAAAAGGUUCCAGAACCUUCUGUGGUCGAGGAAAGCCUUUGUGGACAGCAUGAAGGUUUACGGCUCCAGCUACAUCUACAUGCCAGCGUUCUCCAUGAAGCCUGGCACUGACCCCUCACUGCGGGCAUAUUAUGCCCUGGCAGACUCCUCCUCCAACCUCACCAUGCUCUUCGCCAACCCCGAAUUCCUGCGCACGGUGGGAAAAUUCUGGAAGGCCCGCGGAGUGCACGGCAGACGCCUCUCCACGGGGCUCUUCCUGGUCAGCCUGGCGCUGGGGCUGUGCGAGGAAGUGACGGCCUACGGCUUCUGGCCGUUUUCCGUCGGCCUGGACGAGCAGCCGGUCAGCCAUCACUACUACGACAACAUCCUGCCCUAUACUUGGUUCCACGCCAUGCCCGAGGAGUUUGUGCAGCUUUGGCAUCUGCACAAGAGCGGCACGCUCCGCAUGAGAGUGGGACGCUGCCCCCCUCAGGAUGGGGGGAGUUAGAGCAGGGCAAGGAACAGUGGCCAGUAGAAGGAUGGUAAGCUACGGAGGAAGAUGAAAAGGCUGAAGGCAUGGAAGGCAUGCUGCAGGGAAGUUGGUGUCGUGACACACAUGCAUGCACACAUACAUGAGAAUAUUCCCCCGACCAAAAACCAGCACUGCAUCUGUGUCUAUACACAUCCCUGCACUCCUGCUGCUCCCUAAUUAUCAUGAGAAUGUCCCGCACCCAGACCAGCAGCAUCAGGGAAGACACACAAUAUGCAGUAGACACACACACACACACACACACACAUUGUAAAAUAUUCAUUCAUUGCCAGACUUGCCAUAUCUCUGCCCCCACCCGAUUGCUGAGAGAUUGUGUGGGCGCAUGGAAGUGUGUGUUGUUAUGGACAGCCUCGGCUCGGGCUAAUAACAGUGAAAGAGUCUGGGGCUGGCAGGGUGGGGGAUGGUUUUGUGGCCUGACUACUGUAUCUGACUGACAUAUGGGGCAGCUGGACCAAAGCCCCCUAAGGGUCUUUGUUAAGCAGACACAGAAGGAGCGGAGGACCAGGGGGAAUACUAAAAUGCACUGAAAGACUAGCAAAAUGCAAGGAACAAGGGAGCGAGAAUUGUGCCCUGGUACUUAGGCUGAAUAGGACUGAAAUUAAAUUUUAAAAAAAGAGGAAUGGGAGGUGGGGGAAAAAAAGAGACAGCUGGCUUGUGUGUGUCUGAAAGGAUUUUUUUUUCUCUGCUUUUCUUCAACCAAGCUCCGUGAUUGGCAUUCUCUGGUGCCAAAUAGAGCUCUGGUUCAAAGCAGGAGCCAUUAAGGUCUUAAGGUCUGUAUCCUCCAGAAUGUUCCAGUGUACAGCCCAGUUGCAACCUAGCCCUUGACUGAAAAGGGAAUAUGAGAGCACCCCGGUGUUCAGAUAUACAUAUUGUUUUCGUUUGCCAAAUGUGAUUUUUCAGGAUUCAUUUUGAUUCUUUUUUUUUUUUUUAGGUUGAGCAAUCACCAGUGGCCAUAUGAAGAGAAGGGAGAAACAUUAUUGACAUACUGUGUGUAAUAUAAAAAAUAUUAACGAUAGAGUCAUCGCACCUAAGUACCUCACCUGUAAAUUUACAUCAUACACUGACAUCCUCCACCACUCCGUGAUUCACUACUUGGUACAAUUCAGUCACACACAACCCGUUCAGUAAAGACCCAGACGACACCAUAUCCCACCGGUUUAAGGGGAGAGUGAAAGUCAUCUGUUGGUAAUUGUACUAGUCUUGCCAAGUGCCAAGCCAAGGGAACAGUGGCCUCUUUGAUACAAUCUUGUACUGCCCUUGCGCUCUAAAAUGGUGAGACAUUGAUAUAAUGAGGGACUGAAAAGAACAGACUGAAGACAAAAUGCCACAAAGUGGUUUUUUAAUGGGUAAAGAGUGAAAUUCAUUUUUCUUCAGGUGCUGGAAACCUACUCAUUUGUACCAUUACCAUCACUGUCAUUUUGCAUCUGAAUACAGGGACAACUGAGCCUCUGUCCCGUGUUCCUUUUUAUAAAUGUUUUGUUUUGUUUUGGGUUGUUUUUUUUUGUUUUUUUUCGCAGUUUCGAUGUCAGUGUACACAAGGGAAAAAAAAUAACAUGUUGAAGUUGUAGGUGCUGUUCUUCUGUAUUUGCAAAACAGUUUGCAAGUGUUUGUGUGCUGUUUUUGUACUUGCAUUCCUCGCUGAUUGAAGACAGUGUACUUAAGCAGAACUGUUAUGUUUUUGUUUUUUUUUUGUUACAAUUAUUUAAGAGUGAUAAAUAUGACUGUGCCAUAUUGUCAGUGCUGCAACCAAGGCUGAGUCUGCAUGGAGAAAUGCAUGGAGCGUACCACAGUCCGUCAAAAAAUACUUCUUGGACCAACGGUACAGAAGCUGUUGAUAAGGUUGUAAUUUUUUUCUUUAUCCACUCCUUGUCUUGUUUCCAAAAAGAAAAAAAAGGUUUAGUGCCUUCAAGAUGUACCAAGGCAAAAAGUGGCAUUGCAAACUAUGGCUAUUUCUAAUGCUCACUAUACAACAUAUCCUCAUCUGUAUCUCACAAACCCUAACCUCAGCUAACCCUCGCUCUGUGGAAUAACCUCUCGUAAUAACGUGCCAGUCAGAUAAUUUGUGUCAUAGCAGUGAUCGGUAACUUCAUGUCAAAUGGACUGACUUAGCAAUCACAAGUAUAAUCCCUCCAGUGAGCUAGAUAUUGUUGGACCAAGUCACUUAAACUAAACAAUGUCUCUCACAGUAGUUUCCGGUCCAAAUGCACAGGUGGCGUUUCCUGGACAACGGAGCUUAAUGAUUUCUGAGACCAAUGAGAUUUACUUAGCGAUGUUUCCUUUUUUAUUUUUUUUGCACCUUUUUUUUCUCUCCUGAUGCCCAGUAUUGUGAAUGACUGAGAUGAUGUGAUGUAGUGAGCACUGAAGAGCUGGUUUUCAAUGUGUGUGCGCUGCUAGUUUCAAACGCGGCAGAUUUUUUAAAAAUCGAUUUCCUGUAUAUUUGCUCUGAUCUGUGCCCGCAUUCCAUUUUUAACUGAGCCGUGUCUGCAAGAACAACUGCAAAGCGCAGGUUUCCUAUUAAAAGGAAGAUGGAUCUGUGAUGUAAAAAAAUGGUCAAACUACUGGUCCGUUACUAUAAUGACCAAUUACUUCUGCGUGUCCAGUCAUAUAUUAAUGGUGCACUAGUGUCCCUCACAGGCUGUUUAUCUUCUCAAUUCAAUUCAGCUGGUCCAAAUAAAGUGCAGUGAUUGUUUAUUAAAGCCCUCUGCAAACAGUAGGCCAUAUUGGACACUCUGCUCCUCCUGCUGUGACACACAGCUGACAGGGAGCAAAGGCAGAAAGUGGGAUCUUGCUUCGUCCACGCAUCUUGUGCUGUGUGUGAUUAUUUAAAGCACUGACUCAGCCAUCGUAAAUGACAUCAUACAUGUCUUUACGGCUUUGAAACUACGGUUAAAGACGAGGUGAGAGCAAGGUCAUCACCAUUACAACACAGUGCAUCAUGAGUGAUGCUUCUGUUUUUUUUAAUCAAGGGUUAAUAUGUCAAAUGUACAAACACGCCAGUAUCUAUUCAAUGGAUCUUCAGUUUCAUGUUCUUGUUUGUUUGUUUUUUUUUCCAUCUUUUGUCAGAUAUUGUUGAUCAUUGUGAUUUCUGAUGAGCUGCCAGUGCCACGAUUAGCUCUCUGAAACAAAAGGAAAGUGGGACAGGGCAGGACAGAAUUAUCCCAGGGAGUUUGGAGAAUGACACACAUUGGCAGAGUUGUCUCCUUGUUCAUUGUUGUCACAGUCGCAAAAAUCGAUUUAAUCAUGCUGAUAAGUCGGCAUGGCCUUGACCAGUACAGGAAUUUUCAGUCGACCGAACAGCGUUUAUCAGUCUAGGUGUGCCAGCAGGAAGACCAAUUGGUCAGUGCCUGGUAAUGGACUAACGUAAAACCUGCCACUGUGUCAUCUGUGUCAUCUCGAUUUUGUAACCUUGCUCCACCUCAUGAUGCUAAAAUCCUCUAUUGUUUUCUCCUCCUUGUAGCGAGCCAGCAAGUUGUUGAUGUCUUAGUGCAGGAAUAACACAGCUGGCCUCGCUCCUAAUUCUUAUGAAGUAGAAAUGUAACAUUUAAAAUGCAGCCAAGGUUUAAUAAUAGCAUGGCGCAGGGGGAUGGUAACAUCACACGCUGUGCAUUGUUAAAUGUAAGACCUGGGUCCAACAGUAUCUGCAUGCCCUUCAUAGCAUUUGUUUUAACUUGAUGUACCAAUUGGCCGGGCAGAAUAAGACAAAAUAGCCAAGAAACAUUACACAAUCACAAUCAAGUAUUUAUUUAUUAUACUUUUGUGUUAAUGAUAACUGACAUAACCUCAAUUAUCUUGAUGAAGUAAACCGCAUCCAUCCAAUGCUCCAAGCUGUUAAAACAACUAACUAUUUGCAAAUACUGUUCGACCCAAACAUGAUCCAUUUCAGUCCAGAGGGCCUCACUUUCUUACAUCUAUUUAACUGUGAAUUAGGACGUGUUUGAUGUUAUGCCAUGCUUGGUUAUUUUGAGCAAUAGAUAUAAAUGUGUUUUAUUUGCCUUGACUUUGUUUAAGAAAAAAAAAACCAUGAAAAAAAAAAAACAGGUUUUUGAAAGUGUUGUGUGCCACCCCCUUUGUGACACCUUUUUCUGUUAGUUCAAGUCGUCUGGCCAGAGCCACCCUGCCUGAGCAUGUUUGAGAAAUAUAAUAAUAAUACCGGAUGUCAAAAACAGUUCAAAGAGUGACUGAACACUUUUUUUGUGCCACCUGGCUAAAAAUGAAGGUGAAAUGAUAGAAAUAAUAAUAAUAAAAAUCAAAACAACCCCAUCGAUAUACAAGACAAACACUGGUAUCCAAUAAAGGAAAGAAAAUACUAAA